UGGCCACGGCUAGAGCCAAAAUGGCGACCCCAGGACGUCAGUUUCACACUUCGCACUGAUUCACGUCAACGUUAGUAAGCUAGCUAGCUCGAUAAGGAACUACCAGACUAGGAAACUACCAGGGACGGCUGAAUAUGGCUGAACUAGACCAACACGAAGGAGAGCAGGACCUCGAAAAGAAGAUUGAGGAGACGAGACAGAGAUUCAAGAAUGAGUUACUCCAAGAUUCAGCAGAUAAAUAUGACUCCAGAGAUACGGAAAGGCUUCAAACAGAUGAUGCUCUGGUGGAGGGCUACCUGACAUGGAGACUUUAUGUUGUUGAUGAUGCCUUGAAAAUGAUUGACGAAAGUCUUCAGUGGAGAAAAGAAUUUGGUGUGAAUGAUGUCUCUGAGAGCACCAUUCCCAGAUGGAUGUUCGAGACUGGUGCUGUCUACCUCCACGGAUAUGACAAAGAAGGCAACAAGCUCUUCUGGUUCAAAGUAAAGUUACACAUCAAGGAUGCAAAAACAAUCUUGGACAAGAAGAAGUAUGUUGCCUUCUGGCUGGAGCGGUAUGCAAAGAAAGAACCUGGAAUGCCACUUACUGUUGUGUUUGAUAUGAGUGAGUCUGGCCUCAGCAAUAUAGACAUGGAGUUUGUGAAGUACAUCAUUAAUUGCUUCAAAGUAUAUUAUCCAAAGUUUUUAUCCAAAAUGAUCAUCGUGGAUAUGCCUUGGAUCAUGAAUGCGGCGUGGAAGAUUGUGAAGUCGUGGCUGGGUCCCGAGGCAAUCAGCAAACUAAAGUUUGCCUCCAAAUCUGAGGUCCAGACAUUCAUAGGUCCCGAGUACCUGCCACCUCACAUGGGUGGAACGGACCCCUUCAAGUAUAGCUAUCCUCCUCUUCCUGAUGACGACUUCCAAACACCCAUCUGUGACAAUGGACCCAUUGUCAGUGAGGAUGAGACGGAAAGCAAAGAGGGCGAAAUGGAGGGUAAAGAAACUCUGGAGUCCAGCUUCAACUCUGAGGUUGCAGUAAAGCCCAAAAAGGUGAAUUUCCUGGAAGACAGUUUGAGGGCAGAGGACAAUGAUAAAGGAGACACAAGUGCCAGGACCAAAGGAGCCAGGAAGCCACUGACCACCUUCAAAGGCCCUCUGCUAGAUGUUAGCCCUGCAGAGGAGCUCAGCUUUGGUUCUGGAGAGAUGGAGAAGAAAUGUCUCAUUAUCCUGAGCAAUGUGACUAAAAAUCAAGUGGCCUUCAAGGUACGGACCACAGCACCUGAGAAGUACAGAGUGAAGCCCAGUAGCAGCUGCUGUGAACCGGGAGCUUCAGUAGACAUAGUGGUGUCCUUACAUGGAGGUUCUCAGGCCUCUCCACAAGACAGAUUUUUGGUUAUGGCUGCGGAGAUGGACAAUGUUGGAUCACAAGAACUUGCACAGUUCUGGAAAGAAAUACCAAAAAACAAAAUCAUGGAACACAGAUUGCGCUGUCAUGUUCUGGAGAGUGUUAAACCAACAAUGAGCCUUCUCAGGGACAGCCCUGUGGAUACAGGGACCAGUGGGCAGCAGGAAUUAAACACAGUGCUCAUGCGAAUGAUGGCGAGCAACUUGCGGAUGGAGCAGAAGCUGAGUACGUGUCUGUGGGUGCAGAAGGUUCUCAUUGGGUUGGUGCUGGUCCUCAUGGUGCUGAACCUGCUGUGUCUCUACCUGCUGGGCACCGCCCAGCGGACAUCUUGACAUGCCACAGCUCCUUCCGCCUGCAUUUGUCAACCACAGACACAGACGGUUUCAGCGGGGCCACAGUCAACCACCCGAGGGAUGGUCUUCGUGCGUUCCCCUUCCCUCCCCCGCCCUCCCUAAAGGCUGCUGUCAUGGAGAGGAGGAGCGCUGACUUUAGGGACAUGUGAGUUGUUAUGGAGUUAUUAUAUGGAGAGAUUGUACCGUCUCUUUCCAGGCACUUGUGAGUUAUCAUAACAGAGACACUUUUAACAAAUCAUUAAUGCAUUUUUUUAAAAACUGAUUAUGGACAAAUAAAUGUGUAUUUAUUGCAAAAGUUACAAUAUUUAGUAAAGAUGAGUUAUUUUUGUGAUCAUGAUGUAUAAU